AACUCCUACGCGCUUCCUCUGUUCCUCUGUAUAUAAGUACAGUAGGCAGCUCCCUGACUCAUGACUUCAUCCACAACACAGCAGGAAAAACAGCAUGUAUUCAGAGCUGGAGUGCGGGAUAUGUUACCGGAUCUACAACGCGGGUCGCCGGUGUCCCCGGGAGCUCCGCUGCAGACACACCUUCUGCCAGAGCUGCCUUCUGUCUCUGGUCCGGCCCCAACACCUGGGAGCCGAGGACAAGUCUAUCCUCUGCCCGCUGUGCCGACAAAACACGUCCAUGUCCACUCCGAACAUAAGAGCUGAACUCCGAGUCGAUGAACACGUCCUGGAUCUGCUCCUAGAGGAGGGUUUCCUCAACCGGGACGACGAGGAGCAGGAGGAGGACCAAGUUCAGAAGGAGGGGACGGAGGAGGGAACGACUCUCCCUGAGACUCCAGCCGAGCAGAGUGACUCCUUCGCGGGCUCCAGAGGCGGCAGGUUCCGGCGAACCUGGAGGAAAGUUUGGUCGGCGGUUCGCGGGAGGAGCUUCCAACAGAACGUCGUACACGAUGACUGUAUGACCAAUGAUGACAUGCGGAACCUGGCCAUGAUGUCCUGCUACAUGUUCUGAGGUGAAGGCCUCACACACCUUGGAUAAUGUGAAAACCUACUGUAUUUAUUUUUCGCCGUUUCCACAUGGACUGAUGAACAGACUGUAUGUAGCUGUUGAAAGAAAGGAAAGAAACUUGUGCCUAUAUCAGGCCUACACUAAUGCACAAAUGUAUUUGAUAUACUUGAUAUGAUAUUAUAUUUGUACUAUUUAUUGUUUUUAUUCAUGUAUUUUUCUAAUAAUUGUUACAUAUUUAUGGCAAAAAAUAAACAAGUUUUGUUUGAAUUCUA